CAUCAUUAAAUACAAGAAAGACUCUACAAUCUAGAAUCAACCUCACUCUCUCUCUUCUCUCUCUCUAUUCCACUUUUCACAAUGCCAAAAAACCAACCUCAAGAAGAUGAAGAAUAUUGUUUCGAAUGCAAAGAUGGUGGACAGCUUGUUAUCUGUGAUCACAGAAACUGUGUAAAAGUUUAUCAUCCUCAUUGUGUUGGAAAGGAUCAUUCCUUUUUUCAUACUGCAAAAUCUUGGACUUGUGGUAGACAUAGUUGUUUCAAAUGCAAAAAAUACUCUAAGUUUUGUUGUCUUGGCUGUCCAAAUUCUCUAUGCAAACACUGUGUUUCUGAUUCGGAGUUUACCGUAGUUAGAGGUGUUCAUGGAUUGUGCUGUGAUUGCUUGGAGAUAGUUGAGAUUGUAGAACUAAAUUUGGACCAUGAUUUGGAAGGGAACAAGAUAAGUUUGGAUGAUAGAGAAACAUAUGAAUGUCUGUUCAAGGAAUAUUGGGAAAUUGUUAAGGUAAGAGAAGGACUGAGUAAAGAAGAUGUGCUCGUCGCGCUUCUUCAUAAUAGAAGGCGGAAAGAUUUUGUGUCUCGUAAAAGUCGCGGUGAAGGCGAAGAAGAAAAGAAAAAUGACACUGGAAGUAAUGAAGAUUAUACUAGUGUGGAUAAACCUAACAGAUGGAAACGGUUCAGUUCGAUGGAACCAGAAACCGGGGAUGAAGAAGAUGAAAAAGAUGAAAAGCUGUGUUUUGAGUGCAAAGAUGGUGGAGGACUAGUUAUCUGUGAUCAGAAGAACUGUGGAAAAGGUUAUCAUCCAAACUGUGUUGGAAAGGAUGAUUCUUUUUUUGAAACUGCAAAAUCUUGGAUUUGUGGUAGGCAUUGCUGUUUCAACUGCAAAAAAGGCGCUAAGUUUUCGUGCCUUGGCUGUCCGAAUUCUGUAUGCAAAAAGUGUGUUUCUGCUUGGGAGUUUAAGGUGGUUAGAGGUGGUAAAGGCCUGUGCUGUGUCUGCUUGGAGAUAGUAGAGAUUAUAGAACUAAAAUUGGAUCGUGACUCGAAGGGGAACAAAAUAAGCUUGGACGACAAAGAAACGUAUGAAUGUCUAUUCAAGGAGUAUUGGAAAAAUGUUAAGGUAAGAGAAAGAUUAAGCGACGAAGAUAUCUCAGCUGCACUGUCAAACAAUAGAAAGGGUAAAGAUUUUGAGCUUCAUGCAAGCCGCGGUGAAUGCGAAGAACGAAAACAAAAUGACAUCGACAGCGAUGAAGAUUAUAGAGCUAAACGGAAGCGACACGGUUCAAUGGAAUUCGUCGGAUGGGCAUCAAGACCUCUCGCGAACUUCCUUGCAUCCAUAGGGAGAUAUGACACUGAAGUACCAAUGCUGCAAUGGGGUGUAAAAUCUCUCAUAUGUGAAUACAUUAAGGAGAAAAAUCUUUAUCAUCCCAAAGACAAUGGAAAAUUCUUACCCGACGAAAAGUUGUUUCCUAUCUUUAAUAAGGAAGUCACGUCGAAGGAUCAGAUACAUUCUCUACUCGAGUUUCACUUUGCGAAAAAGUUGGAUGAUUCAUCUGGAAAGGAAAAUCAUGAUCAAAACAAAAACGGCUCUACAGACAAGAGUCGUUUCGAUGAUCAAACAUCUAUUGAAAGCAGGUUUUCAAGGUCAAUGGAAAAACCGCUAAUAAAAAAAGCCGGUUUAUUGAUAAAACAUGGACGUCAUGCAUCCAUCAAUGCCAAUGAUAUCGCGCCCGUCUACCUCAAAAGAAGCUUGGUGUUGGAGUUAUCGAAACAGUGUGAAAGCUUUGCGAGUAAGGUGGUGGGAGCCUUUGUUAGAACCAGAUCAGAUUCCAAUGAUCACAAGCAAAGGAAUUCAUAUCAUCUUGUGAGAAUCAUAGGCGUUGUACAUGCUGAAAUGCCUAAUGAAAUACUCUUGGAAGUUACUUUCACGCCUAAAGCGAUUUCCAUUUCUGAGCUUUCUGAUGAAGACUUCACAGAGCAAGAAUGUGAGGAUUUGCGGCAAAAAGUGAACACCGGCUUGCUCCCCAAAUUAACCACUGGAGAUCUUGAAGAGAAGGCUGCAAGUAUUCAUGAGGAUAAAAUAAAACAUCGCCUAGCCUAUUUGCAAAUGCAAAUCGAGCGUGCAAAUCUCCGAGGAAGAAUAAAAGAAAAAAUUGCAUUACUAGAAGAAAAGGAAGAGCUUGAACAGCGAUGGAAACAUGAACAACUGUCGAGGCGUGUGCCGUCAGUCCCUGAGCUUAUGGAGGUACGAGAAGGAUUGACCGAUGAAGAUGUUCCUGCCACACUUGUCAACAAUAGAAUUCGUAAAGAUUCUGUGUCUCAUACUAGUCGCAGCGAAGACGAAGAAGAAAAACGAAAUGACACCGACAGUCAUGAAGAUUAUACAGGCCUGGAUAUGCCAAGCAAACGGAAGCGGUGCAGUUCUAUUGAACCAGAACCCGAUGAUGAAGAAGAUGAAGAAGAUGAAGAGUUGUGUUUUGAAUGCAAAGACGGUGGAGAACUCGUUAUCUGUGAUCUCAAGAGUUGUAGAAAAGUAUAUCAUCCAGACUGUGUUGGAAAGGAUGAUUCGUUUUUCGAGACUUCAAUAUCUUGGACUUGUGGUAGGCAUUGCUGUUACAGCUGCAAUAAACUCGCCAAGUUUUGUUGCCUUGGUUGUCCAAACUCUGUAUGCAAAAAGUGUGUUUCCGCUUCGGAGUUUAUCGUAGUUAGAGGUGUUCAAGGCUUGUGCUGUGACUGUUUGGAGAUAGUUGAGAUUAUAGAACUAAAACUGGACUACGACUCCGAAGGGAACAAAAUAAGCUUGGACGACAAGGAAACAUAUGAAUGUCUAUUCAAGGAGUAUUGGGAAAUUGUUAAGGUAAGAGAAGGACUGACUAAAGAAGACGUCUCGGCUGCACUGACAAGCAAUAGAAAGAAGAAAGAUUUCGUGCCUCGUAAAAGUCGCAAUGAAGGCGAAGAAGAAAAACAGAAUGACACCAAUUGUAAUGAAGAUUGUACAAGUAUGCAUAAGCUGAAGAAACGGAAGCGGCGCAGUCCAUUGGAAUUCGUCGGGUGGGCAUCAAGGCCUCUGACUAACUUCCUUGAAUCCAUAGGGAGAUAUGAAACUGAACCAAUGACGCAAUCGGGUGUAAAAUCUCUCAUAUGUGAAUACAUUAAGGAGAAGAACCUUUAUCGUUCCAAAAACAAGAGAAAAUUCUCGACUGACAACAAGUUGUCUCCUAUCUUCGGAAAGAAAGUAAUGUCAAUCGAUAAGAUAUAUUCUCGUCUUGAGUUUCACAUUGCUAAAAAAUCGGAUGGUUCAUCUCAAAAGGAAAAUCAUGAUCAAAACAGAAACUGUUCUACAAACAACAAGAAUAUCAAUGAUCAGACUUGCAUGGAAAGUAGAUCGUCAAGCUUAAUAGAAAAGCCGCUUCAGAAAAAAGUCGAUACAUUGAUAAAACCUAGUUGUUUUGCAUCCAUCAAUGUAAGUAAUAUAGCGCUUAUCUACCUCAAAAGAAGCUUGGUGUUAGAGUUAUCGAAACAGCGUGAAAGCUUUGUGAACAUGGUGGUUGGAACAUUUGUUAGAGCAAGAUCAGAUUCCAAUGAUCAUAAGCAAAUGAAUUCAUAUCAACUUAUGAGAGUCAUUGGUGUCGUACGCGAUGAAAUGCCGAAUGGUAUACUAUUGGAAGUUUCCUUCAUGCCUAAAGCGAUUUCCGUUUCCGAGCUUUCUGAUGAAGACUUCACCGAGCAAGAAUGCGAGGAUUUGCGGCAAAAUGUGAACACUGGCGUGCUCCCAAAGUUAACUGUUAAGGAUCUUCAAGAGAAGGCUACAAUUCUUCAAGAGGAUAUAACAAAACGCUGGAUCGCGAGCCGCCUAGUCGAUUUGGAAAUUCAAAUCGAGCGUGCGAAUCUCAGAGGAAGAACAAAAGAAAAAAUUGCCCUACUCGAAAAAAGGGAAGAGCUUGAACAGCGACGGAAACAAGAGCAACUGUUAAGGCGCGUGCCAUUCGUUGUCCCCGAGCUUACAAAAGAAUCUGAUGAUUUUGUGUCUCAUACUGAUGAAGAUGUCUCUUCCGCACUUCCCAACAAAAGAAUUCGUAAAGGUUUUGUGUCUCAAACAAAAGAAUCGGAUGAUUCAUCUGGAAAGGAAAACCAUGAUCAAGAGAAAAACAUCUCAACAGACAAGAAUCAUAUCAAUGACCAAACAUGUUUCAAAAGCAGAUUGUCAAAGUUAAUGGAAAAACCUCUUAUGAAAAAAGGCGAUUUAUUGAUAAAACCCGGAUGUUUAGCAUCCAUCAAUGCGAAUAACAUCGCGCUUAUCUACCUAAAACGAAGUUUGGUGCAAUUGUUAUCGAAACAGUCUGAAAGCUUUUUGAGUAAGGUUGUUGGAACCUUUGUUCGAGUAAAAGUAGAUUCCAAUGAUCCGAAGCUAAGUUCCGCUUAUCAUCUUGUGAGAGUCAUAGAUGUUGUGCAUGAUGAAGUAUCUAAUGGAAUACUCUUGCAAGUUUCUUUCACGUCUAAAGCUGUUUCCAUUUCUGAGAUCUCCGACGAAGACUUCACCAAGGAAGAAUGUGAGGAUUUGCGGCAAAAAGUGAACACUGGCUUGCUCCCCAAGUUAACUGUUGGCGAUCUUCAAGAGAAGGCUACGAGUCUUCACGAGGAUAUAAAAAAACAUUGGAUUGCAACACGCCUGGCGAAUUUGGAGAUUCAAAUCGAGCGCGCGAAUCUCAGAGGACGAAAUAAACAGAAAAUUGCAUUACUAGAUGAAAGGGAAGAGCUAGAACAAGAAUGGAAGCAAGAGCAACUGUUAAAGCGCGUGCCGUCGGUUAUCCCGGAGCCUAUGGAGGUGAAAUAUGAUGAUGCUGAUGAAUGAGAUAGCCAGGACUAAUGACUCAUUCUGUUGCUGUGGUGUUGUGUAGAUAGUUAUUUGUAAGUUGUAAGAAAAAAAACUAAUAUAAACUAACAAGUGAUGAUGAGACUUUGUUUUGGAUGCAUAAGGGAUGGUGAAAGUUUGUUGUUUGUAGAGUUUUGGUCUAAGUUCAAUGUAUUGGGGAUAUGCAUAAAUAUUUUAGUAUC